GAAGAAAGCUGAGCUUCUCUGACAAAAACAAGGGCUGGGACUCCAGCGAGAGGAGCAGUGUGUCUGAUGCACAUGCAGCACAGGCUCUUCAUCCACUUCAUCAACAUUUUAUAUUUGAUUUGCCUUUUUGUAAUUCUUAGAGGGGAAAAAAACGCACAUCAGCGCACCAUGUUGUCGGUGAAUUCAGUCCGUCAGCUCUGCAAAAUGUUCCUCUCUUUGCACGUUGUUUUCCUGAGCGUGGCGAUGGUGGAGAGCAGUGCAUCAAAUGGAAACCAAAAAGACUGCAUGAGAUCCAAUGGUGUGGAGUACAGAGGGGUCCAAGAGAGCUCCUUCUCAGGUCUGACCUGUCUAAACUGGUCCAACAUUUCCAGAGACUAUGAUGUUGAAAUGCAUCCUGAUUCUCAGACAGGUGUUGGAGAUCACAAUUACUGCAGAAACCCAGACUCCUCUGAGAGGCCUUGGUGCUACAUUGCUGGCCCAGAUGGGACAGUCCAGAAACAGUCCUGUGCAAUUGACACAUGCGAAGAAGAAGGCUCGACUGUGCCAGCAGAAGCCGGAUCCCUCACUCGCACAGGAACCACUCCCUCCACGGAGAGCUUUCAGGCGGCCAAGUCAGGACCUUCUCAGGGAGAAGUUGCUGCGGUGCAGCCGGUGAUGGGAAUCAGCCAGCGGGUGCGCACAGGACCCAAAAAGAAAAAGGACCUUGGCACACUCGGCUACGUCCUUGGCAUACUCAUGAUGGCGAUUAUAAUUGUCCUUGGUGUAGGCAUCACAUUUGGCUACUUCUAUAAGAGGGGUCGAGACUUAAAGAAGCAGCAUGACCAGCGAGUGUAUGAGCGCGAGAUGCAGAGGAUCACCCUACCCCUGUCGGCUUUCUCCAACCCCACCUGUGAGCUGGUCGAUGAGAACACCAUCGUAAUCACAGCAGAGCACGAGACAACCCCCGUCCAGGAGAGUGUGGAGGAGGGCGGGGACCCCCUCAUGGGCCAGCAAGCUGGUACCCCUGGAGCAUGAGCAGCAUGUGUAGUCCUCAAACAGGACUGUGAUAUGUUUUUUGUGGACCAAAACACUCCUAUCUCCCCGUUUCUCCUUUCCACCUCCCUGAGUAACUUCUGUUUUUAAAAAGGAGAAGGGGAGUCGUCUUCGCUCCAAAGACUUGAACUGAAUGCUGUGUCCUGUUUCCUUAAGGUUUUAUACAUCUGGGGCACAAAAACGAUAAGAUGACACACAAUGGACACAGUCUUAACAACUAGAAACCAUUAAGGUCAAUCUGUUGUUAUGUAUCAUGAGGUCUUUAAUAUUCAUAUUUGAUAGAUUUGAUGGGCUGCCCCCCUAAAUAACAGUAUGAAUAUGUAGUAUAAUAUCUAGUCAAAUGGACGUUGGAGAAUAUGUGUUUAUAAUGGUUCUUUGUAAAGAGAUGGUGUUUGGAGUGGGGUAAUGUUUUGGUUUUUUUUAGUAUGUUUCUGUAUGGGAGAGGUGCUCUCCACAGGAGGUGUCGUUACAUGAUGAAUAUGUGGUUGAUUUUCCUUUAUGCUGACCCGCUGGCUGUGUCGAGGGAAAAAUGCGACUGGUUUGUCUCGGAGACACACUGGUGACACAGAUGUGUGUCCAAAAAUAGCCAUCCUCCUCUGAGACAGGAUGCGCGAACAUGAGGUAAAACAGACCCACUGAAGACAAGGGAAGGCCUCCAACUCAGAAAUUGCCUUAGCAUGAUACUUCUGAAUGUACUUGUUUAUCUUUUCCCAGAUAAAUCUUUUUUUUCUUUUUGUA